AUGAAGAAUGACAGUGCAAAGGCACAGAAAUUUAAGAAAGGUCUGAGAUCUAGUAUUGAGGCUAUGCUAGUAGCACACCGGCUCCAAAACUAUGCUGAUGUGGUUCAGAUUGCAAAGUCCAUUGAGGACAAGCAAAGGGAAAGCUACCAAAUUCAGGCAGCAAGAAGGGCUAGGGCAGGUAACACAGGGCAGUUUGGAAGGUUUGGAAGGGGAGCUUCUUCCUCUGCCCCACAGCCAGGGCAUUAUGCAACAUUCUGUCCUCAGAGGAAACCAAGCGGGCAAAGUGUGGCUUCUUCUUCUGCAUCUACCAAGAAGUCACAGGCAUCUGGGAAAGUCUUCGCACUGACAGCCGAGGAAGCCGAGGCUGCACCUGGAGUAAUGACAGGUAUAGUGCUUGUCUCUAGUAUACUAGCACAUGUAUUGUUUGAUUCUGAUGCAUCACAUUCAUUUGUGUCUUCUAACUUUGCUCAAAGUUCGAUGUGA